AUGAAGAUGAGGGCAUGCAAAAUUCAAGAAGUAGCUUCAGUGCUUGAAAGGACACUCAAACAGUUGGUCGCAUUGCAAGACCCUCAGCUCAUGGAACGCUCGGGCGCUAUGCUUUCAGCAGAAGAACUUGACAAUACCAUCAACAAAACUCUUGAGUUUUCAAGAGAACUCUUCGAUAUGCUCUUCACUUCGUUACAUGGUCGACUCGAGCUUUUCAGCCAUGAAAUAGCUCUGUCUCCACAGUUAGAAUUAGUAUGCAAUGUCAUGCAGGCGGCCUACCACAGAUUGCCUUCGAAGGACACUACCCAUUCCGCCAAGAACAGGACAUUUGAUUACUUGGUCAUCGAGCCAUUAAUAACUCAUCUUUUUACACCAAUCUAUCAAGCUUUGGGAGGAAUUCACCAGCAACGCAUCUCGUUACAUGGUCUAGAUCGGCUCUCAUUCCGUCAGCUCCUUCUCUCAUAUGAGGAAGCUUUAGCUUCCAUUCUUACUAUUUUAUACACGCUUCUGGAAAGCGAAGACGACUUCACAUCACCCGUGUUCAAAGACCUUAUAUGUUUAGUUCUACGGAUUUAUGAACAUUACCUUCUGCCAUGGCAUUUGUUACCAGGAUGCACUAAUGAAAUCAUCCAAUUAAUAACCGGUCUGGAGUUGUUACUGCAGCAUCUGAAAAAACUCCAUACCGACCCUUGGAUCCAACGAACUGCAAUAGAAUUCGUUAACGGCCUUUAUAAAUAUGAUCUGCUUGUUCACGCACUGAGAUGCUCUAGAACCACAGCUACUGCGCUGGAUAGCGCCAUUUGUAGAGCCUUGGUUACUACGAUCACUGAAUAUGGGAAUAUCUUUAUUGGUACACACGACAGCGGCACUUCUUUUCGCCAAGGCGAUAGGUUCCCAUCACCAGAUGCCCUCAUGGCAAUUAAUAGAGUUGUUCCAGGAAUGCCAACGAUGGGCGGUAGCUAUAAUUUAUCUACGCUACAAAAGAUGCAGACCUUCCGGAGGACGGAAAGUAAGCUGGAGCCAAAAGGUGUCGAAACUAGGCCUUUCACCUUCCUAAGGAUCAUGAGCGGUAUUAGACAAUCAAUAUGCGGCCCAGAAGGGGGAUUCUGCAAAAGAGUGAUUGAAGACUGCCUACAGGAUAUUUUGCCUUGGAUUUGGAGACACAACUGGAAUCGUGGCAGGCACGGGCCGCACCCUUCAGAUGAGACAUUUCAGGAAUUGCAUUUUCCUGUUGAGCCUGUCAGACAGAUGAAACUCAUGGAAUCUAGCAUGGUACAGUACAUUUCACUUAUGAUCCUGGGUUAUCCAAGCGCUCUCUGCUCCAUGAAGGAUUUAUUCAAACUGGCAUGCCAUGUGGCUGAAUCUAAAGAUGUUGAGUGCGACGACCUUAAAACACGACAUAUCCUUUAUGUACUAUGCAGCAUCGUCAGGAUGACAGCUGUUAGCAUUGAGGGACACUACGAUGCCUUCGAACAGACUCCAAAGCUGGCUCUCGAGCCUAUUGCCAGCUGGAUAUGUACCCAGCUUUCCAGCGCAGAAAUUAUGCCUGAGGCUGGAUCAGUGAUGAGCUACUUCUGGCAGGUGUUCGAUUCGAUUGUGCCUUUACUAAACGCUCCUGAAGGCCAGGAUCCUCUACUUAAAUGGGAAAUAAUCAUGACAGAGCCCUCUGCAGGUAUUGAACGCCUCCUGCUUUACAUUGAAACCAUCCAGAACGAAAUGGUUGAAGAUGAAGACGUAUUUUACUGCGCAUUCGGUUCUACGCUAAAACUACUCAUAUUUUUUAGCGAGCACUGCAGAGAAAGCAUCUUUGAUGACGACCCACAAGCUCUACCAUCGCUCUGGGUUGUCAUCCAGGAAAUAAUAGAAGAAAGUCUAGAGCAAACCAACAAGAAUAUACAUUAUUUGCAGCAGCCACCAUCUACAACGCAAUACACCAAGGUCCAUAUCGCAAUUCUUGGAACUUUUUUGUUAGUCAAGACACAUUUGUGUCGCCCUCACACUUUUUGGAUUUCAGCUGAUGAUCUUGCAGUCAUAAUAUGGUUUGCAAUCGCCAUAAACAAAUUCCUCAACGAAAGUGAUGAGUCACAGGGAUAUGUUCUUGCAAAGCUAGUAACUAGCCUUAUAGAGUUAAUUAUUCGUCGAUUACACAAUAUACGAGGACAGGAUAUGGAAUGCGCUACACCAGCUGAGACAAGGGACGAACUGCUUAGCUACCUUGAUUUGCUUGUUGACACUCUAACUGAUAUUCUCAUUGGUUCUGCAGAUAGUAGGACUGUUUGGAGGCUGCUGGUUGGUGUCUAUGCCAAUAGCCAUGAGGAACUUUUCAUUAAUCGACUGGUGAAGCAUGCGGGGCCUGUACUUGCGCAACAGCUCUUACAGCGAUGGAUUUUAGAAGCGACACUGUUGCAACAACAGUGGAGAAGAGCGGUCAUAAGUAAAAAAGUUCUACCAGACCCUGCUAGUAUUGUCCCGCCUGAGGAGGUUAAUGAUACAUGCGAAUAUGAUAGUGUUUGUGGUCCUGACGAAAAUGAAACAGGUAGUCCGACAACAUUGAUGUACCUUUUAAUUGAAAAAAUGGCCUGUAACGCUGUCAACAUUCUUACUAUCAUAAAAUUGGCUAGUAGGCUUUAUGAAUGGCGGCCUGGUAAAUCUGAUAGCAGGCGUUUCCAAUUUACUUCAUGA